GCAUCUCCCGCAACCAGAAUCCAAAUCUUUGUCACAGCUUGUGUCCGGAUCUACUUCUGGGAACCUUUCCUUUUGCUAUCUGUGCAAGCUACCUUAUGCAUCCUUCCCAGGCAACUUAUAAGUGAUUCGAAGAUAAUCCGGUUGAAAGGUCGAUCUAUAGGGAUCUAGCUAACUCGAAGCAAACAGGGACAUGUCUGGUGCCUCUCUUCGACUGUGAACGGAAACAUUUCAUCCAUGCGUGUCUCGGGGAAACAGCUCGCAGUGUGGGAGUACUCGAGAGAGAGUCUCAUCGAGAUACUCUGCCUCGCAUGCUUACAGUCUAAUCCUGGCACACAACCAUGCUGCCUCUGUUCUCGAGGAAGUUAUAAAAGAUAUGGCCAGUGAUCAAUUUUGGUUGUCAGCUUCAGCCCGUCCGACAUGCGCUGCUCAUUCACUGCACUCGUCGCCCUCAGCCUCGCGCUAGUCUCCCUAGCGGUGCCUACUCCCAGCCCAUACAAUGCGCAUGAGAAACGUAGCGCCAUUCCUACUGGGUGGUCUCUCACCCGAAGGCACGGGAACGCGGCAACCCUGCCUCUGCGCAUUGCUUUGAAGCAGAGUAACAUCGAGUCCAUCGGUGAAUAUCUUUACGACAUCUCUCACCCAGAAUCAUCCAACUACGGCAAGCACUGGACUGCAGGGGAGAUCUCCCGAAAGUUCUCACCCUCAGAUGAAAGUGUUUCCACCGUCAGAGACUGGCUUAUUGAGAAUGGGUUGGCGAGCGAGCGCAUCCGCGUGAGCCCCACCAAGGGUUGGAUUAACGUUGAUGUUUCGGUUGAGGAAGCGGAACGGCUUAUGAACACCGAAUAUCAUGUUUACACCCAUGUUUCCGGACAGGAACACGUCGGUUGCGAAGCAUACCAUCUCCCUGAGCACAUCAGCACUCAUGUCGACUUUGUCUUGCCCUCCGUUCACUUUGACACCAAAAUUAAGCGUCGAUCUGGCGGUGAACUGGAACCUGCCCGCGCGGUUGGCCAGCCUGGUGUAGGAAUUACCCCGAAGACCGCUGGCACCAUCUCACAGUUAGUGACUGAGCUCGAGCAGUGUGACGAGUACAUCACUCCUAUCUGCUUGAGGGCUCUGUAUGGUCUUGCGUACGAGCCUGUGGCCACUGACAAGAACAGCUACGGCAUCGUGGAAUACACUCCUCAGGCGUACUUGCAAUCCGACCUGCAAAUGUUCGCCAUGAACUUUUCUACUGAUCUCAUCGGAAAGGAGCCAUACAUGGUAUCCAUUGACGGAGGGUAUGCACAGACCGAGUACCAAGGUUUCGAAUACAACGGCGAGUCAGACCUCGAUCUCCAAUAUGGAAUGACUUUGGUCACUGGCAAACAACCAGUCACUCUUUACCAGACUGGUGAUAUGGUCGAAGGGGCUUCUUUCAACAACUUCCUCGACGCCAUCGACGGGUCCUACUGCACGUUCGAGGGCGGCGAUGAUUACACUCAGGAUGCAGAAUAUCCUGACCCAUACGGGGGAGGGUAUGAGGGUCCCGAGGACUGUGGUACUGUUACACCCGCCUACGUUAUCUCAACAUCAUACGGGUACAACGAGGCUGAUCUCACACCGUUCUACACUGAGCGUCAGUGUGCAGAAUAUGCGAAGCUUGGCCUGAUGGGUGUUACUGUCCUGUACAGCUCUGGAGACUAUGGUGUGGCUGGUAACGGCGGCUAUUGCUUGAACCCCGAUGGCACUCAAAGCGCAGACGGUAUGAUCUUCAACCCCAGUUUCCCUGGUGCUUGCCCCUACGUUACAUCUGUUGGCGCCACUAUGGUCAAGCCAAACGCAACUGUUCUGGAGGCUCAGCCUGAAAUGGCUUGCAUGGAAGUUAUUUACUCUGGUGGAGGUUUCAGUAACUACUUCGCGAUGCCCUCAUACCAGAAGACCGCCGUCGAUUACUAUCUGGAGAACUAUCCCCCCAACUACCCUGCAACUAUCUGGAACUCAACUGGCAUGUCGCGUGCUUUCCCUGACAUUUCUGCCAAUGGAGCUAACUACGUUGUCGCUGUCGACGGUCAAUUCGAGCUUGUGUACGGAACCUCCUGUUCUUCACCAGUCAGUGGCGCUAUCUUCACAAUGAUCAACGAUGCCCGUCUCGCCGUAGGGAAGGCCCCGAUUGGUUUUAUCAACCCUACGAUCUACUCUGCUGAUUUCGCGGGUGCAUUCAAUGAUAUCACCGAAGGGUCAAAUCCGGGCUGUGGUACCGAAGGUUACAACGCAACCGCUGGGUGGGACCCAGUUACUGGUCUUGGUACUCCCAACUUCCCUAUAUUGCUCGAGAAGUGGCUGUCUCUUCCAUAGAAUACUGAGUAGCUAUACUGAUAGUGUAAAUGAAUCUGAGCUAAAAAAAAAUA